AUGGGAGGUGACAAGGGCAAAAGAAAGGCUGCUCCGGGCGGUGCUGAAGGCCAGAAGAAGAAGAAGAAGACUGGCAGCGGCGGCAAAUGGACAACACCCAACCAAGCGAACAAGCUCGCCCUCGAGCGCAACUCGGUUCCCCAGGUUGGCGACCGCGGCAUCUGGGUGACGUGCGCACGCCACCAGGAGAACAAGGCGGCACGGGAAGUCAUCAGCCUCUUUGAAGAGUACAUCGAGAGCAUGUACGGCAUCAAGCCGGCCAGCAAAGAAGAAGCCAAAGCCGUGGAUGACGACGAUGCCGAGCUCGACAUCGAAGCCGCCAUCGCCAAAGAACUCGGCGAAAUGAAGGAGAGGAAGACGGCCGAGGUCAGGAAGGAAGAGGACAACAAGGCGCUGCUCAAGGCCAUGAAGCUCAACAUCGACUGUCUCCUGUUCGUGCGCACAAAGACGCCCAUCGAGCCGGUCGAGUUCGUUAAGAGGAUAGUCGUCGACACCAAGGAGUGCAUCGACAUCAGGAAGAUCAAGUGCCGCUAUCUCAAUCGGUUGACGCCCAUGAGCGUCAUGGGUAAAGCAACAGAGCAAGGGCUGGCUGAGACGGCUAGGCAGGUUCUGGAGGAGCACUUUGACUUGAGCGGGAAAAAGAGCGACGGCGAGAAGUCAGCAGAAGGAGACGAUGGUGCGGAGGCUGCGGCGUCAGAGGAGAACAAGGAGGGCGAGGGCGAGGACAAGAAGAGGGAGUAUAAGCCCUACACGUACGCCAUCCGGCCUACGCUUCGCAACCACAGUAACCUCAAGCGAGACGUGGUCAUCAACACCAUUGCCGGUCUUAUCAACGAUGAGCGUCACAAGGUCAAUCUUACGAAUCCGGACAAGGUCAUUUUGGUGGAUAUUUUCCAGACCGUCUGCGGAAUGAGUGUCGUGGACGGCGAUUGGGAUGAGCUGAAGAAAUACAACAUGACGGAGCUAUACAACCAAGCGGCUGGCAUCACGUCGGUUGGGCAAAAGAACAAGGAGAAGCAGGAGAAGAAGGAGAAGGAGGCGCAGGAGCAGAAGGAGCAGCAGCAGCAGCAGCAGGAUGAGAAGAAGCCGGAGUCGGCCAAGGAGGCCAAGGAGGAGACCGCCUAA